GGCAGGUGUUGAUGAAUGUGGAAGAGCAGUUUAGAGUCUCCGAUAGUGGAAUAACUGGAUGCCCGAGUGAUUUCUGUAUGAACAGCUGUGGACAGAGUCAAACAUGACGUUCCAGUCUUUUCCUUCCUCUUCUUGUUGAAUUCUCCAGAGCACCUGUUUUUACUCUCCUUCAUAAAAAGCCGUUCUGUUAUUUUGGCCAAAUAGGGAGAAAAAGAGAAAACUGUUCUUCUUGUUUUCGUUUUAUUUUCCCUUCCUGUGUGGGCACUUGUUCAGCAUGGCUGUUGAUGAAAUACCUAGUUACCGUGAAACAUGCCAUGGACAAGUUUUGGUCACCCAUUCUGGGGAUCAGUUCCUCACCUAAUGGGAUCCUGGCGUUCCCACAAUGCCCAUCACUCCAGAAAAUGCAGUGCUGUUCCUUCCCAUCCUUUAUCGGUGGCUCCAGAGUCACCUGAGGGGGGAAAUGGAAGAACCAGAGCAGAGACUGUGCCAUUCGGCCAUUAAGAAGCUGCGGGAGUACAUCCAGUUGAACUUCCCGGCAGAAGAGGGGAAACUGCCACACAACACAAGCUCUGUGGAUGCAGAGAUCUGUACAGUUUACCUCACCAAGGAUCCCGGAAAGGCAGAGUCUCUCGGCCUGAGCUUUGGGAACAUCCCUGCUUUGGGCGACUACGGAGACAAGCGGAGGGCAGGGAAGAAAAAGAAAGGCCACAAAGGUCCUGUGCUUGAUGUUGGAAGCAUCUGGGUCACAGAUUUAAAGAAAAACAGCCCAGCAGGGAAGUGCGGAAAAGUUCGCUUGCGAGAUGAGAUCCUUUCAUUGAAUGGACAGUUGAUGGUCGGGGUGGAUAUCAGUGGUGCUAGCUACCUUGCUGAUCAGUGCUGGAAUGGCGGCUUCAUCUACCUGAUCAUGCUUCGUCGCAUCAAGCGCAAGGCCCCUCUUCCUCUAGCAAAUGGCAACAAUAGCAACAGCAGUGAGCCGAAAGCUAGGCCUACCUCAGAGCCCAGUGGGAAAACAACCCCAAGUGGCAAACGGACUAGAAAGUUUGGGGUCAUUACCAGGACUCCUCCCAGCGGGAAAGAAAGCAAAGGCAGCAAAGGCAGUCCCAGAACAGAGUCCGAAGAUGGACACCGUGCCCCUAUGGAAGUGGACAGACAACAUCCAGAGGCAUCCAAAAUGGAAAGCAGAGGGGAGGAUCGGCUUCCAAAAGUGGAUUCUCCUUUUCCAGCAGGACACUAUCGGUCUCGCCUUUCCGACGGAGGGAUCCUAGACCUCAACUCAAGCGAACUGGCCUUGCAGCAAGAAGGCUGUCGGAUAUGGAAGAUGACCAUGAUGAAAGGAACGGAUGGGCUAGGGAUCCAGAUCACUGGAGGUCGAGGAUCAAAGCGUUCUCCUCAUGCCAUCAUUAUUGCACGGGUGGAAGAAGGGGGCUGUGCUCACAGGGAUGGUAGGCUGAAAGUAGGUGACGAGCUGUUAAUGAUCAACGGUCAAUCUUUGGUUGGACUGUCCCAUCAAGAUGCUGUUGCUCUUCUCCGGUCAGCAGAAGGCCUUGUAUACCUUGUAGUUGCAAGCAGGGAAGGAGCAGAAGAGGAUUUUCUUAAUUAUCCAUCUACGAGUUUGCCGGACUUAAUUAGCACCUGCUCUGCUCAAGACACAGGCCCCUGGACAGACAAUAAAGAAAAUGAAGAGCCAGAGGAGGAGGAUGCCAAAGGAAAGAUCCCAGUGCCAGAAGUCCUGGAACCUGUGAUGGAUGAUAGAGAGCCAGAUAAGUCUCCAGAUUCUACUACUGCAGAGGGAUCCAAAGAAAACUGUCAAAGUCCCACUCUAGGUGGCGGUAUUUUGAAAUACAGGAGUCGAUCCCAAGGUACAGGAGCAGCAACCCGUUUAGAAUCUGUAGGAGAAGAUGAUGAGUUGACAGUAGAAAACGGAGAUGUGAAUUAUGAAAUAGCAAUGAAAUACUCCCGAGGAGGGAGGAAACAUUCUCUCCCACAGCAUCUGGACACAGGAACCAGACAGGAAUACCACAUUGUUAAGAAAUCAACCCGUUCCUUAAGUGCAGCUCAGGUGGAAUACCCAUGGCGACUCACCCAGCCAUCUAUCAUUUCCAACAUUGUCCUGAUGAAGGGGCAGGGCAAGGGCCUCGGAUUCAGCAUUGUAGGAGGGCAAGAUUCUGCCCGAGGGCGUAUGGGCAUUUUUGUGAAGACCAUUUUUCCUAACGGAGCUGCAGCAGCUGAUGGCAGAUUAAAAGAAGGUGAUGAGCUCCUGGAGGUUAACGGAGAAUCUCUGCAAGGGCUGACCCAUCAGGAGGCCAUUCAAACAUUUAAACAACUCAAGAAAGGGGUGGUCACCCUCACAGUACGGACCAAACUCCGAAGCCCAAGCCUUACCCCGUGCCCAGCAUCUAUGUUGCUGAACCGAUCCACUUCCCCAACAUCUACUCCCAGUGGAGGAGCUCCUUUACCUGGUGGUGAAGAUGGAGAUGGUCCUGCCUCCAGUAGAAAGGGGCCUGGACCAAAGGACAGAAUUGUCAUGGAAGUGACACUCAAUAAAGAGCCAGGAGUUGGUCUGGGUAUUGGUGUUUGCCAUCUUGCCCUGGAGAACAGCCUUCCAGGGAUAUAUAUUCACAGCCUGGCACCAGGAUCUGUAGCCAAGAUGGACGGCAGGUUAAGCCGUGGUGACCAGAUCCUUGAGGCAGAUUCGGUCAAUUUGCGUCAUGCAGCCCUGAGUGAAGCUUAUGCCAUCUUGAGUGAACGUGGUGCAGGCCCAAUUAGUCUGAUCAUUAGUCGCCAUCCCAAUCCAAAGAUUUCGGAACAAGAGAUGGAUGAGGCCAUAACACGAACCACUCAAAGAGAAAACAAGGAUGCCUCUUCCUCUCACAUCACAGGGAAUCUGCCCAAAAGUCCAUCCCCUUGUGUGAAAUCUAAACAGACAGAAACCUCUUCAUCCUUGAGCUGGACCAUGAAGCGCUUCCUGGAUUUGGCAAAUCGGCAAGGAUCCACCAAUUGUGAAAUGGAGCUUUCCCAGUACUUCUUACAGGAUGGUACAAGUCAUUUGUUACUUUCGGAAACUAUGUUAACUGGCUCCAGUGAUGAGGAGCCACUUCGUCCUAAAAGUGGGGGCAGCUCCGUUGAUGAGAACUUUCUUUAUUUGAACAUUCCAGCAGUGAAGGAGUCUAAUCAAUGUGAGACCCCAGGCAGUGGGAGCAACUCACCUCGUCCUUUCAACAAGCCAAGGGAUCCUGCUACUCGACAUGUUAGUUUCAGUGAUAGCCCCAAAGGUACACGUACUGCGUUCCAGAGACAAAGAAGGAUUGCUUUCUAUGAUGGUGAUGCAAGUGAUGAGGAUGACUUUGCCAAACAAGAUGGCCUCCAAUUUCAAAGGUUGGCAAGGUCCAAAGAGCAAAGGAGAUCAGAAGGCAACUGUGAUAUCACCGCUGCAACUGCUCCAGUAGAAGGUGGUGACACAAACCGGGAAAGAGAAUUUGCAACAAGUGCCCAUAAUGAUUCAGUUGCCAGAGGUUUUAGAGAUCUGACAGAGAAUGUUGUGGAACAUCCAGCAGAAUCCUCUUUCCUUCCAACCAGAUCAUCUGACCACCCCAUAAUACCCGAGACUCACCCAGGCCACCUGAGCUUGAAGGACUUCCGAGAGGCACAGCUAGAAACUAAAAGAUCCCCUAAACUGGAGCACAAAGCAGUCACCCGAGUUAAAAGUCUGAUGAGCAUUGAAUACCAUGGUAUCUCAAGGCACAAGAAUGAGGAACACAGUGCUUGCAUCAGGCCCAGUGGGAGGGUGCUCCCACAUGUUCAGAGGAGUGAAGCACAGGAGAAUCAUCAUGGACAGAACCACAGUGAAGCAAUUACCUUAACUCGAAGUGAAAAUGAAUCAUUUGGCCUAGAUCUUGAAAUCCACGCUGCUCCCUUACGCAUUGUGAUAACAGGCUUGCGACCAGGCGGAGCAGCUGAAAGGGCUUCUAAGGGAAAGCUGGUCCCAGGAGAUGAUAUCCUCUCUAUCAAUGGUAUGCCAGUCCAUGGAUUCUCUUACGAGGAACUCUGUCAAUAUGUACGGUGUCUUCCCACAACGAUCAGACUGGACAUCCAGAAAGCUGCUUCUGCCUUGGACAGAAGUUCAAAUCCUAUCUCUUCAGAGGCAGAGGAAGCAGUUCAAGCUGAUCCAAACAAUAUUGUUACGACUGAAGAAGAGAACGCUUUUGCAAAUCAGAAAGAACCUUUGCACAGAGAUGAUUCUGAUGAUGUGGCAGAAAGGGCAAUAUCUCCAUCUGGUAUCAAGUCGGAAGAGAUGCUAACAGAUUCUCUGGAAACCAGCUGUGCCCAAGAUAGCACUGUGGUGCCUUUAAAAGACCCUGAUGUGUUCCUUGUCAACUUAAAUUCAUCAGAAGAAAAUAAUGCUACAUGUUUAUUACUUCCCAAGGAAGAUAUUUCUGUGAUGGCAGAAGAUGCUUCUUCUAAUGCUGGAUCAGAUAUAAUUAAAAAUUAUCCUCCAGAAAAACCUCUGAAUUGUGUGUCUAAUACAAAUGAAAUCUUGGGAUUUUCUGUUUUGGAUUCCAUUAAUGCAAGCAAGAUUUUAACUGUGAACAAAACUCGCUUGAGUAACUAUUCUAGGAAUUUUAGUAGUUUGAAUGAAGACAGUUCAGUUGGAAUGGAGAACAAAACCGACACUGCUCCAAACUCAAUGUAUUCUGCUGCAGAUGACUCCAGUUCAGACACCGAAUCUGUAGCUGAAACGCCUGGACCUUCCAUCAAUUCAUUGGUCUUACAAUUUGCUUGUGAUGGUCCCUUGAAGACCCAUAAGGCUGUUGAGUCAGAUGAUGAACAAAUUGAAAUUUGCUGUUCGAAUAGUGAGCAGCAGCACUCUUCCCAAAAGAAGCAGGUCACAACUACUGCAGAAACAUUUCUUCACCCUCCAGAAUGCUGUCCUUCGAAUGGUAUUUUGGAGGAAGUAAGCAAGGCCGAAAUUGAUUCACUAGAAAUAACAAAUGGCAGCUUUGCUUUAGAAGAAUCCUACUCCCCAAGGCAUUCUAGCACAGAACAUAUGGUUCCACCUACAACCUUUUGUUCUCUUUCUCAAGUCUCUCCAACCCAGGUAGAUCUGUUAGAUAGUAGCAACCCAGGUUUUUCUUUCCAGGACAAUGGCUCCUUAAGGGGAGGAGAAAGUAUAAGCCUGGAGGGCAAAGAGGGACCUACAGAUAUAUGUGAAACUUCCAGAUGUGAUACCCAAGAAAUGCCUUUGUGUAUGACAAAAACUGUUAAUGGUUGGGACAGCAACCUGCUGGACAAAGAUGAACAUAGUAAAAAGCAACAACCACUUCCAGAAAAUGAUUUAGGAACAGUUUUAAAUAGUUGUGUACUUGAUUGUCCUCCUCCUCUGAGAAAAAAAGGAAAUGGUAAUUCAGCCCACUUGGCUAAACUAGAUGGUCACACCAUGGACUGCACAUCACAGAAGACAGUGAACAGCCCCAGAUCUCCCCUUCUAACCAAAACUAAAGAUGUGAGUAAGUCGGUGGGGGCUGUUGCUUAUGACUUACCAGGGAAGAGUGAAAAAACAGGUUCUAUUCCUGCUAUAAAAUGUUCAAAUACAAAAAUGCAAAAUUGUGGCCAAGGUAAAGGCAUCACAGUCCCACACAAUCAAUCCUCCUUCAAAAAAGUACACCACGAAAGAGGGAUUCCUCAGAAGAGCAUUACAGAAACUCUCUCAAAUAAUCAAAGGAAUAAGCCCGGACCAAAGUUAAAAGGUCUUACUAUUAAAAGCAAGUCCAAGACUAAUUCAGAUAGUCUUAAUGCAAUUCCUGCAAAGGCUGGUAGCACUGAUCAGAAGAAAACAUCUCCUGUGCAGUUAUCACCUAGGCUUCUUCCAAAAAAAGGCACAUCACUCCAUAAUCUAACUACACAUUUGGAGCCCCCUACAAGGAGCCUUUCCAUGGGCUCCAGGAUUUUUCAACAAGAGGAAGAAAGCAAACUGACUUUAACAGUGCCCCAAGAAUCAUCUUUACCAGUGUUGAAUGGUGACAGCAGUGCUGUGAAAAACAAGGAAGAGGAAAUUGUCAACAAAAUGGAAGUUAGCAGUACUGGAAUGUUAGAAAAUUCUGAAGAGCAGAAAGAAAAGCAGUUGUCGGUUCUAGAAGAUAUGAAUAGCAAAAAGAAAGGUGUAAGUAGGAUGGAUGAUUAUAAAAAAAGAGAAGGUCCUUCCCAUAUAAGUGCCCACUCCAAAAGUCUGACCAGCAAUGACUGUCAGAGUAACAGAAUUGAGACCCAUGGAAUGGCCAUGAGUUACCUGACUGAUGGUGGAUGUGAAAUGAAUCAAUUAGGAACUGAUAACAUUGAGUCUUUAAAAAAAAACUCCUCCAGUGUUCCUUAUUCUUCUGCCCUACAGGAACAAUCAGGUCAGGAAAUUCAACGCACAUUCAUUGAAGUGAGGCUGUCUUCCUCCUCCUCAUUUGCACCAUCUUCAGUAAUUCCAGAAGUACCUCUGGAGAAGGGAGAGACUGCCAAUAAAACGUUCAAUCAACAAGAAAAUGAGAUGCAAAAUAUUGUUGAGGAACCAAACAUACACACACCACUAAAGCCUGUGACAAGGACCUAUUCGAUGCCUACCCAAUUAUCAAAUCAUUUGCGAGGAGAGAGCAGUGCUGAAAAUGUACCAGCCCAUCAAGUCCAGGAUAUCCGGAGCAAUGUUUCUGGUGAAAAGUAUCCUCUUUGCGAGAUAGGCAUGCUGAAAAUGGUCCAACUUAAUUUGACGAAUGGCCAAAGCACUCCAAAUGAAAAAGAGCACUCUAAGAGCAUCCCCAAACCAAGUAAUCCUGAAUUAUCAAUAGCCAAUGACAACAGCAGUCACGUUGCAGAUCAAUUAAAACCUUGCAGGAGGAAUUAUUAUUAUUAUGAGCUGAAUUGGCCCCAUGACCCCAUUUCAUCUUUUUCAGUCAAACAGAGAAUUAAAUCUUUUGAGAACCUUGCCAAUUUGGAUAGGCCACUGGUCAAAGCCAUAGAUAUACAUUCCUCCACUUUCAGUCUGAAACUUCCCAUUGGAAGGCGUUUAUCUGGUGGUGUUUCUACAGUUUCAACGACAAGGGUCAAUGAUGCAGUUCAGGCACUGAGACGGAGCUUGAGUUCAUACUGUGAAAGUGAAGGACCAGCAUCCCCACGGAUGACGAGGUCUUCAACUAGCACAGCACUAACAAAUCUGCAAGAAAAUUCUGCCAAGAAUAGCAAUGAUAAUGGUGACUUAGAGAAGACUGAAAGAGAUACAGCUUUGGGGAGGCCAGAGAGUUUGCCUCCAUCCGCGAUUGGUGUCCGGAGAAGCAAAGCCUCAGGUGGGCACAUCAGGCACGUGCCUUUGUCUCGCUCCAAACUCCGGGAACUAAGAGCCUUGAGCAUGCCAGAUCUGGACAAGCUGUGUGAUGAAGACUUCUCCAUGGAGUCCAAACCUACCCAUUUCAAAACAGAAGUGGCAGUUCUGCCAGUUGCAAAAUCUCUUGGUAUUGCCACAGAAAAUGUUUCAAGUCUGAAUGACUGCCCGGGGCUCCCAGGCCUUGUAAUGGCAAGCAGGACCCAGUCAAAAGAAAGCAGUCCAUGGAACAGUGGUCCUGGCACUCCUGGGUCAGCAUCUGAUGAAGAAGUGCUGCAAUAUGAUGCCAGCCUAAAUAGGAUGCAUUCAGAGAAAAGUUGGUCAAUCAGCUUGGAUCAGCUCUUAGUCUCUACUCUGGAUCAGCAGAAAUUACAGUCAAUUUUAUCUUCAGUGACAACAAAGUGUGAUGUUUCUUCUUUACUUCAGGAGGCCAAAGCUCAAGCAGAGAGCAAAGAAGAUGUUUACUUUGUAGUCCUGAAUAAAGAAGAAGGCUCUGGCCUGGGAUUUAGUGUUGCUGGAGGAGUGGACCUGGAACAAAAAUCCAUCAUCGUUCAUCGGGUGUUUUCGAAGGGGGUGGCAUCCCAAGAAGGAAUCAUCCACCGAGGAGACCUAAUUCUUUCUAUUAACGGUGUCUCUCUUGCGGGAUCUGUACAUGGAGAUGUCCUCAACGCUCUCCACCAGGCAAGGCUCCACAAGUACGCCAUUGUUGUCAUCAAAAAGGAGAGAAGUGGAGAAAAUACAUCAUCUUCUGGAAGGGAAAAGUCUGCGGCUGAAAAACCAAUGGUGGGAGCUGCAACAAAGGGACGAGGAGCAGGUCCAGGUGGAGACUUGUGUAAUUCCAUUUGUGUUGAACUUUUCAAGACUUCUGCUGGCUUAGGCUUCAGUCUGGAUGGAGGAAAAGCUUCAAUCUCUGGAGACAGACCUUUGAUCAUCAAAAGAAUUUUUAAAGGUGGCGCUGCAGAACAAGAUGGAACACUGGAAGUGGGUGAUGAAAUUCUUGCCAUUGGUGGAAAAUCCUUGCUGGGACUCAUGCAUUAUGAUGCUUGGAACAUAAUCAAAUCUGUCCCUGAAGGACCAGUUCAACUGCUUAUCAGAAAGCAUCAACUUCCAGCAUGAUGUGAGCAAUACUGUCAAACUAAACCCAACCUUUUGAAUGAAUCCUGCAAGUUGUAUAUGCUGAAACCAUUGCAUAUAUCAAAGGAGCUGGUUCUUGUUGCUUUGCUGGCAUUGUUCUAUGGCAGACUGCUGAAAUUAGCCGAGGAACAUCCAAAUUUGAAAGUCAGGAAUCUCUCUCUUGCUUGACCCACCAUCUCCCAACACUGCAGAAUCAAAGUGCCACAAAUCUUUACUCUGGGCCACAAGCAGUUUUUUGUGUCCUGAUCUUUUGUCUGCCCUCCUUGGAGACUCCUAGUCUUUUACGUACCUGUAAACAGCUGCACUGGAGGAAGGAUAUUGAGCCGCAUCAUGUUGCCAUAACUUUGCCCCCAGCACAGCCCAGAUUGGAUGCCAGAAACAUUUAAUUUACAUUCUUUAAAACCUAUUUAUCCUAUUUCCCCAUUUUAGAUUCUGAUGCUCUCUAGGGUUUUUUUUUUUAAAUCACCUCUUGGAUUGGGCAAUGUAGUGGCAAUUUUUGACUUUUGAAAGCUGCAUGCCGCCCAAGACUUCCAAAGACUUCCUCAGGACAAAAAUAAGCCCUAAGGAGCCUCAGAACAUAAAACAAAGGUGCCAAGAAUUAUUUAAUUAGUGUACUUUAAAUGCUUGUGUUGAGGGCUCAGUCUUGCCAUUUAUUUUCAAUAUAAGUGCUCUCAGUGGGAACGAUGAAAUGGAAAGACUACGACAGAGCACGUACAGUAUGUAAUCUGUAUCAUUGCCUGGACAGCCUCAACCAACGUCAUACAGUUAGAACUGUGGAUGAAAGAAAACUCAAGUCACUGGAUGCGAUUGCAAAACAAAACUGGAGUUCUGACCUUGCAUUUUGUAAAUUAAUUUUUGGUUAUGUAAAUUCGUUUCUGGGUAUGUGUACACUAUGCUCUCACCACAUAGAUUAAGGUUAGGUAGAAGGUGCUCCUUCCAGAUGUUAGUGGAACAAACUCCCAUCAGUGUAGCCAGUGAUGAGGAAUUCCAAGGUGCAGUCCGUCAACAUCUGGAAGAAUGAACUCGGCCCAUUCCUGACAUAGCUGCACAAUCAGUGGUACUUUGCCCAAGAAAACUCAGUAUUAUGUAUAGAAAGUUGGUGUUUGGUUUCUUCCUAUUGUAAUAAAAAGGAUUCAAGUACUGUAUCAUCUUUACAUCCACAAAAAGAUUGUUUCCAACAUUGGAUGGGAACAACCUGUGUCUCAGUGCAGGAAUGUGUUAUUUACAUGUGUAGUUUCCUAGAUUGAGUAUCUAACCUCUCCAGUUUAGAGAUCUCAGGUAUUCGAGGUCCCCAAGAGGGGAUGGUCCCUCUGGAUGAGACCCUGGAGAGUUGCUGCUAGUCAAAGCAAUAUUAGGCCAGAUAGACCUAUAAGGUACCUUCAUCUGUUCAUAAAAAGGCCAUUAGUUGUGAAGGCACCUUAGGUUUCAUGGUGAGCUCAUCCUCAUGGAAUUAUUCUUGUUGGAUUAUUAGUGCGACAGCACUUGAAUAAGAAGUAGGAUAACUUUCAUAUCUUGAAACUGUUGGGAACAAUUCUGUAACAUAUUUGCAUAGUGUGGUGGAUUUUCUUUUAAAACUCAAAACUUUUGAUUGUGUGUCUGUCCCUAGUAUCAUUAUGCUUUGAAAGCCACAGUGAUGAAAAAUCCCUUCUUUUUGUGGAGCUUCCAACCAUAUAAGAACCAGCCUAUAAGUUUGGCAUUUAGUAAAAGUAGGAGAAUAUCUGAAAUUGCUUAUUAUUCUUAUGGGUAUUUCUUUGUGUACGUCUUUCUCCUUCAAAAUGGCCUGAAAGUAACUUUGAAGAAUUUGAUAAGAACACAACCACAUGUCUGUGUGGUGUGUAUAUACACAUGUGUGUGUUUUUGUUAAUAGGGUGUUGAGACUCUUUUUGUUUUGAGACAUAUCUGAAUGCUCUGGCAAAUAUAUUUAACUCUCAAUAUUAAAUUAUGCCACCGUAAGUAACCAUCAUACUGUGCUCAUAUUGAAAAAAAAACACCCGGGGGGGAAUACAUUUCCUCCAAUACUUUCCUACAAGACUAUAGAUGGGAUAUAGAAAUUUUUAUAUUUCCCAUUUAUAAUUCAAUAUUCAAACUUGGUGUCCUAGAAGCAUUGGAGAUCUCAGAGUUUCCUUUAACGUUGAUGUUAAAGGAAACUCUGCAACUCUUCAUCCACUUGGUCUGAUGUCUAACAUUUCUGUAUAAUCCGAAAUACAUAAACUGGCCUAAAUCCAGUUGUCAGUCCCACCUAAAGUAGACCCACUGAAUCAAUGGAAACCUGGUAAGUCAGCAUUGCUAUGGUACUGUUGAUUCAUUGGACCUACUCUAGUUGGUUCUGACAGAUGUAUGCCCACCUGUUUAAAUGCACAGAAGUCCUUCAGCACAUGGAAUGGCAGCAAGGAUAGGCUGAGUAAUGUGGAAUUAACAGAAAAUAAGCAAGAGUUGUGUGUGGUGUUCUGCAUUUGUCAGUUCUGGGUAGCCACAUUUUCCAUUGAUUUGACAGAUGUUUCUUAAUUUGUAAAAGCCACUGUGGGAUUUGUUGAAGAGACUCAUGUGUGGUGGAACUUGGAGCUUGUUCACCCCAUCUAGUAAAGAGGAUCGGUCUUCUACAAAUGCAACCAGUCAAAAGUUCGUAAUGCAUUGACUGCAGCCUUGUGAUGUGUUGGAACUUACUGGAUCUAUUGUAUUGGUUGUCUGUGUCCUCUAAGGCAGAUUGACUGUGCAUCCUCCUAUUUCUGAUCAGUACUCAGUCAGAACUCACUUCCUGUGAAGAGAACUAGUCUGUGCAAAGUAUAG